GGCCGGAAAUUCGUUAGUCACCACAGGGAGAAGGUGAAGGGUGGGGUGUAGAGAGGUGUGGAGACCAGCCCGGGCCCGUCUAGCCUCCAGCUCCCGGGGACCCCCCCCCUAGCCCUGGGGGUCCCCUGCCAUGCGCUGCUCCAAGUGUAUGCUUUGUCUCCUGGCUCUCCUCACCCUGCUGGCUCUCAAGGUUUACAUCGAAUGGAGUUCAGACCCUCUGCGGCCCAAGAGAUACCAGGAGGGGCGCGAGUCGGAGACCCUAGCCAACCCCAGCGCCUUCACGUUCGAGCCGUCCCUUCCUGCCAACCUUUCUGGGCGCCUGGGCCAGCUGGGAGCCCCAGCUACAGCUUAUUGGAACAGGCAGCAGCAGCUGUCCCAAGCCCUGCCUGGGGUGGGUGGCUCUGCGGCAGGGGACUGCCAGGCUUGGGGGAAGGCAGCGGCAGCCAAGAUCCCCGACUUCGUCUCCUACCCUGAGGCUCACCGGCGCUUCCUCCUCUCGGCAGCUUGCCGAGAUUAUCCCUGGUGGGUGCCGGGCUCUGUGGUUCCCAGCUGCCUGGGUUCUGAUGCCCCCUACCUGCUGCUGGCCGUGAAGUCAUCAGCAGGCAGAUUCGGGGAGCGCCAGGCCGUUCGAGAGACGUGGGGUGGGCCCGAGCAUGGAGUCCGCCUUCUUUUCCUCCUGGGCUCCCCUCGGGGAGAGCCAGGCCCUGACCUGGGUCCCCUGGUGGAGUGGGAGAGUCGUCGAUACAGGGACCUGCUGCUCUGGGACUUCCUGGAUGUCCCCUUUAACCGCAGCCUCAAGGAUGUGCUGUUCCUCCGGUGGCUGGCCCACCACUGCCCCCAGGUGACCUUUGUCCUCAGGGCCGAGGACAAUAGCUUUGUUAACAUCAAGGCCCUGCUGAAGCUGCUCCGGGGGCUGCCCCUGGCCUCAGCCCGAGGCCUCUACCUGGGCCACGUCUUUGACCAGGCCUCACCCAUCCGGACCCCCAAAGGGCCCUACUACGUGCCUGAGUCCUUCUAUGCCGGGGCCUACCCAGCCUACGCCAGUGGGGGCGGCUACGUGUUUGCUGGGCAGCUUGCCCCAUGGUUGCUCCGGGCUGCUGACAGGGUGGUUCCCUUCCCCAUUGAUGAUGUCUAUUCUGGCCUCUGCUUCCAGGCAUUGGGCCUGGCCCCCCAGAAUCACCCCGGCUUCCUCACCAACUGGCCAGCCAAAGGCAAGCAGGAUAAUCCCUGCAUCCACCAGAGCCUCGUGCUGGUUCAGCCCCGAGACCCCCAGGAGACCAUUCGCCUUUGGAAGCUUAUGCAAAACGGGCAGGUCCAUUGCUGAGGCCUUGGCAGUAGAUAGGGGGUGGGGUGGCCCUCCUCUGCUCCGGCCCCGCCCUCUCUUCCCAUCACAGGCCCAUUCCCUGGAACCUCUGCCUCCAGGAUCACAGCUUGUGAGGGAGGGAGGCUGAGGGCCUGCUUGUAGACAGCCAGGACCAAGGGCCCGGCAGGGGAGGCCUUAGGAACCAGACUGUCUCCACCCCGGCAGUCAUGCCCUCGAGCUUGGCUGAGAGAGGACAAGGCUGUAUGCGGCUUCUAUUUAUUUAAAACACCCCCCUUCCUGAA